AUGAAGUGUGUCGCGACCACCCUGCAGUUCGGCAGCUUCGGAAUCAUCGCGGAGGUGACCACACGCGAGGCGCGUGUGGCGAUGCUACGGAACAUCUUCCGUCAGGAGAUCGGCUACCACGACGACCCGGAGAACACCCCGGGCAAACUGGUGGCCUCACUGAAGAUCUAUGCCUAUCGCGUGGCCAAGUUGUUGGUAUCCUUCGGCGACAAGGUCGAUGCCCUUUGCUCCGUCUUGGUGGGUCUGGUGGUGGCCUUCGUGGCUUGUUGGGAGAUGGCCGCCACCAUGCUGCUGGCCAUCCCCAUCUUCGGCAUUGCGCAAGGCAUCAUGAUGGCGGUGAUGAUGGGCCAAGAGAAGGCGGAGUCCAGCGCUUUCAAGAAUGCCUCGCAGAUCAUCUCGGACUCUCUUCUCAAUGCACGCACAGUCCAGGCCUCUGGCAAUGAGAAGGACGUUUUGAAGCUCUAUUGUGGGAUGAUUUCCAAGUUGAGCAAGGACCUCACCAGGAAAGAAUUGCUGGGUGCUGCGGCCUUUGGGCUUUCCAGUGCAGUAGUCUUUUGGGUGAUGGCCGGUGGAUUCUACAUCAUGGGCUUGCUCAUUCAGGAUGGCCGCGCCACCUUCCAGACAGGCCAGCAAGCGUUCAUGGGCAUCCUCUACGGCGCCAUGGGCGUGGGCAUGGCGUCGGCUCUGACGGGAGACUUGGCCAAGGCAAAAGUGGCAGCACAUGAAAUCUUCAAGCUCAUCGACAAACAGAGCCUCAUCAACGGCCUGGAACCGGUGGGCGACAGCGAUGCAGGGCCCCUCAUCGGACGUAUCGAGUUCCAGGAGGUGAACUUCACAUACCCCUUCCGGCCGGACGUGCAGGUGCUCAACGGGGUCUCCUUCGUCCUGGCCGCCGGCCAGUCCGCAGGGCUCGUGGGACCCUCCGGCGGCGGCAAGAGCACCGUCAUGGCCAUGCUGCAACGGUUCUAUGACCCAGGUUCUGGAGCAGUGCUCGUGGGCCAGAGCCGCAAGCCCCUGCAUGAGCUCAACAUCAGGUGGUGGCGCAAACAGGUGGGCUUUGUGGGGCAAGAACCGGUGCUCUUCGAUGCCAGCGUCCUGGAGAAUGUGAUGUAUGGACUGGAGAAAGGAGAAACGGCUUCACCUGAGCACUUGGAGAAGUGUAAGACCAUGACGAACCUGAGCUUCAUUGACAAGGCCCAAGGAUGGAACACCCAGGUUGGACCUCGUGGUGGACGCUUGUCAGGUGGGCAGAAGCAGCGCGUGGCCAUUUGUCGAGCUUUGAUGCGAAAUCCACCCAUCUUGCUCUUGGAUGAAGCGACCAGCGCUUUGGACUCCCAAAGUGAGCGCGUGGUGCAGAAGGCCCUGGAGGCAGCGAAGCAGGGACGCACCUCCAUCGCGAUCGCACAUCGACUGUCAACGAUCGAAGACUGCGACAUCAUCCUGGUGGUGGCCGAGGGGCAAAUUGCCGAAACUGGAACCCAUGCACAGCUGAUGGAGCGCAAGGGCGUGUACUACAAGCUGCAGCAGGGAAAGAAGGACCACUAG